AUGAUUCAGUAUUUCAUACGAUCUUAUAACUAUCGUUCACCAUUAAAACGUUCUCGACGACGUUCACAUUAUCGUUCAUGUAUUAUUAUUAUUUUCCUAUUGACUCUGACACCUUUUAUCAUUUCAAUUUUUUACUCUUUGUUUAUUUUUCAAUUAAAUUAUUUUGAAUCUUAUUCAUCUAAUGUAAUUAUUUCAUUAACAAGUACGCCAGAAAGAUUUCAUCAUGAACUUCCAUUUGCUAUUCAUUCAUUAUUAUCUCAAACACAAUUACCAAAACAAAUUCGUGUUUAUCUAUCACCAACAUCGCUUAUUACUCAACGAGAAAACUUAACAUUGGAGUAUUUAAGAGCGAAUAUACAAAAUCUUGAUUUAUCAGAGAUUAUUACCAGAUUAUUUGAUAAACUAGUAGAAAUUCGAUUAGAAGAAGAAGAUUAUGGUCCAGCAACAAAGUUUUUACCAAUUAUCAAAGAAUUUUAUUCAGAUUCACAGCCACUAAUGAUAUGUGAUGAUGAUCAAUAUUAUCAUCCAUAUACUCUAGCAACAUUGUAUGAAUAUUCAAUUAAAUAUCCGAAUAGUAUUAUUGGUUUCAGAGGUUGGCGAGUUCGUAAUGAUCUUAUUUGGGGUGUUCCAGGUAAAUAUGAGAUGGCUUAUCAUAUUAUUGAAUCACCUUAUCUCGCUAAAAUUUAUCGUGUUGGCGUUGUUACUGCAACCGACGCUUAUCUUAUUCGUCCAUCAUUUUUUGAUUCUCAUAUUUAUAAUGAUUUCAAUCAAGCACCUAAUGAUAUUCGUCAUGUCGAUGAUAUUUGGUUAAGUGGUCAUGCAGCAAAACGAAAUAUAACUCGUUAUGUUGUUCCAUCAUGUUGUUCUCAUAUAGGUGUUACUCGAACUCAUGCCCUCGAACAAUAUUUAGUAAAUAAUAAAAUGAAUCGAUUAUCAGCAAAUAGUCAUGCAUUAACAUGGUUUGGUGAAAAUUGGGAAAAAGAUUUAUGGUAUAGAUUCAAUGGUGCAAAUGCACCAGAAUAUCGUAGUUGGUGGAGGAUAAUUUAUCGAGAAUGGAUUAGUCUAAUAUUUAAAUUGAAAUUUAUUAUGUAUUUUGGAUUUAUAUAA